UCUUACAUAACAUAAUGGCUAUAGUUAAACUUUCACUGAAGCUGUGAUUGGUCUGCUCAGCAAAGGAAAAUUGUGUUACAUUUCCUGCCAGAAUGUACAUAGGAAACAGCUCUCAUUGCUUACUGAUGAUGUUUUUAAUCACCAAAUAUAAAUUUUAAUAUUGCAUUUUUAUGAAUAUUUAUUUAUGAAUAAGUGCAUGUGCAAUGAUUAGUGUAAUUCUGAAUUAUAUACCUGCAUUGUAAUAAAUGAUCUACAAAUUACACAUUACACAUUAAUUUCCCCCCUUGGUAAAACAUCAAUAGACAGGUGGCAUGGUUGGCUAGAAUAGACACACCCACUCAUGCAGAGCAUAUAAGACAUUUCUCUCAUUGUACAGGACUUUGUCUCCAUAUGAUCAGCCUCAGAUCAUACAUUAAGGAUACAAAGUCUGAGGGAUCCUGAGCUAAAUCACCAUGGCCAUGUCUAUCCUCACCCAUGUUUUGGCUGGCCUGUUUGGCAUGGGCUCUUGGGUCACCAUCUGUGGUCUGUGGGUGGAGCUGCCUCUAAUCGUUCCUCAGGUACCUGAAGGCUGGUACCUUCCCUCCUACAUCUCCAUUAUUGUCCAACUGGCCAACAUCGGACCUCUGUUUGUCACAAUAAUGCAUCGCUUCCGUCCAGGAGUGCUGAACGAAACCGCAGUUAUCUAUUUUAUUGUUGGUUUUGGGAUACUUGUAAGCCUUUUUCUGGCUUUCUUCUGGAGUGAGACGGUAGUGGUGCAAGGUGUGGAGCGCAGCGUUCCUCUCCUGAUCCUCAUCUUCUUCAUCUCAAUAGUGGACUGCACCUCUUCGGUGACCUUCCUUCCCUUCAUGAUGCAGCUCAAGGCGGAGUAUCUCAUGACUUACUAUGUAGGAGAAGGCCUGAGUGGUCUUGUCCCAGCUUUAGUGGCGAUGGUUCAAGGUGUAGGUGUUGUGGAAUGCGUCAAUGCAUCUCAAAUCCUCAAAUCCAAUGAAACACAUCUUAACGGAUCUGAAAGAGACACUAACUACCUUGUGGCUCACUACCAACCAGCUAACUUUUCAGUUGAAGCCUAUUUUUUCUUUCUGAUGGCUAUGAUGGUGGUUUGUUUGGUGGCGUUCAUACUUUUGAACUACCAUCCAGCUGUUGCACGUGAGCGUCCCAAUAACAUAAAUGGAAAUGGAGAUCCCGUCUUGCGUUGGAAAAACAAGAAAUCUGAACAGAAACCAAUGAUGCAUCCUGGAAAGGCCAUUCAGAAGCCCAGGAGCAUGUUCGGGACAGGGACGCACACAUGGAUGGAAGUGAUAUACAUCUACAUUAUCCUGGCAUGGGUGACCGCUCUGACUAAUACCGGUUUGCCGUCAGUGCAGUCGUACUCAUGUUUACCAUAUGGAAACCAGGCCUAUCACUGGUCAGCUACUAUGGCGAAUGUUGCCAAUCCUAUAGCUUGUUUCAUCAGCAUGUUUUAUACUCAAAGGUCUUUGGUGUUGAUGGGAGUCCUCACUUCUAUCGGCUCUUUUAUUGGAGUUUACAUUAUGGGCAUGGCUGUGUUGAGUCCGUGUCCACUGCUAGUCAAUGAGACCUCUGGAGCCGUCAUUAUUGUGCUGGCGUGGUUCUCUUUUAUCUUCAUCCUAUCUUACGUAAAGGUGAUUGUUGCUGUCAUCUUGCGAGAUGAAGGCCACAGCGCUCUUGUGUGGUGUGGAGCUGUAGUGCAGUUGGGCUCAAUGUUGGGGGCGGUGACUAUGUUUCCUUUGGUCAAUGUAUAUGACUUUUUCACCUCAGGUGACCCAUGUAACACUAAUUGUCUAUGAGAUAUGGGUUCUGUAAAUAAUAUUAAAAUUAAUUCUAAUAUUAUUUCUAUUAAUUCUUAAUCGUGGAUCAUAUGUAAAAUAUUAUUAUUCAAUAUAUUGUUUUAUAUGAAUCAUUCUGUAUACUAUGCAGAUGUUUUACUACACAUAUUAACAUAGUUUUUUUUUUAAAGUGUUUUAUGCUUAUUCCCUGAUUUGGUAUGAUUCCCUGAUAUGCUGAUCCCCCUUUUAUUUGCUUUCUUGUCCAUUUAAUUGUUUUUAACAUCCUUAACCAUAACUCGUUCGUAGUAUGUUCAAUCCCAGAGUUGCCGGAAUCGUCCACUAGGAGGCGGUAACGCUCUACAGUCAAUUGAGAUUGGUUCUUACACAGGAGAAGUUUUACUAGCUGACCUCAAACUACCAUUUGGUUGGGGGAUGGGGGGGGGGAUGGGGUAGCAAUGCAUAAGUAACACAUGCAUUGGAUUUUCUACUAUGGGUAAUAAGCAGGAAGGUUUCAGUCGUCCCCUUAACAAUGGUCUAAAAUGAUCUAAAAUGUUUAUAUUGAGUAAUUCAUCAGAAACAUUUGCUUGAGUUACCUUUAGAACAAUUGCUUAGUUGUUAGAAAAAAAAUAGAAAAGACAACAUCAAAAAAGAGAAAACACAAGAUCACUUAUUUAGUUUUCUUUCCUUAAAAAAAUAUUGUUAAUUAUUCUACAUGAUUAUUUGAAUGUAUAAACAGCUUUAGUUUCUGGAAAAAAAACAAAAAAAAAACCUGGACACCAAGCUUAUGUUUUUGUAAUCAUCUCACCAGAAGAAGACGAAGAAGAAACAGCCUUUGCAGGGUGGUCUUUGAUAUUGACUUUGAAAACGAGGGCCAUAAAGUUAGAAAAUGUAAUUAUGCUAGGACAAUGAAUUGGGUAGAUAGGGUAUUAAAGAUCUGCAGUGUUAUAGAUUUAUUUUAUUUAAAUUUCAAGAAGAUUCAUAGUCUUAAGUAUCCUCUGCAACUGCUGAUAUUCUAAUAAACGACUACAGAUGAAAACAGUCUGGACAGAACAUCCACCAUCAUGCUUUGAUCCAGCCAUCACAUUAUCAAGGGAGAGAGGAUAAUGGGAGGACGACAGUUAUUUGCAUUAGGAUGUGGAGGGAGUUCAGACUCGCAGCUCUUCACUCCACGGGACAGUUUUCACACAAUGAUAACUGUGACCGUUAGCAAAGGCCAUCUGACUUCUUGGCUCUCUAACAAUCCUCACCCAGGCAGCCAACUAAUAGAGUGGCUAUUUCUGGGCACUGGCUUUGAUGAUCCACCCUACCCUGACUGUGCGUUGUCACCAUGGCUGUGUGAACGGGGAUUCAAACCCAUGGAAAAUAUUCCUGUCUGCCUGGCAGGUGUCAUAGGGUGCUUGGCUUAAAGCCUGGAUACAACAGCUGCUUCUACUUUGAUCCAUUAGUUACUACUCUGGAAGUUCAGCUCUCCUGUGCACAUGGGGAAGAGAUCUUAAGCAUUUUUUCAUGAUUCUGUUUCAGACGAUACUGCCGCAUUUUUAAUGAGCCGUUGGUUCUAGGGUUGAAACUAGAUCUGUGAAACGGAAUUUUCAGUCAGGGUUUUAUACUCUUUAAAAGUUUGGACAAAAGACUUGUCAAAUAAAUCAUCUCCAGUUUUUAUUCUCUAUGAUUUUUAGGACCAAUAAGAAACAUCUUGAAGUAUUUUGUCAUUUGAUUUUGGUAUAGAAUUUAACAUCAGUUAGCAGUCUGGUGUCACAAUUAAAAUGUAGGACUAGUUUUCACACUUUUAGCUCCAGUGAAUAUUUCUCUUAGUGGGCUUAUUUUUGAAAUUCAGUUUUAUGUGUCCACGUUUUUUUGCAACAUGAAAGUAAGCUAUUUUCUGUGAAUGUGCAAGACUUCAGAUUCAUUAAUAUCCAUGCACUAUAUGUUCAUAACAAGAACAACAAAGUGCAGUCCGCGGUAAUGCAACUAUUUGCACUAAAAACAAGUGUGUUCAUGACUACUUGAAUAAUUAAAAUAAUAUGAUGACAAAAAACAGUUUGCAAUAUCAAGCAUGAUAAAAGGCCUUUUUUGAACUGCUAAAAUAACCAGAAGUAAAUGACACUGGAAGCCUCGCACAUUGAAGUUACUAAUAGCUGCAUGCAACCAAUCAAAAUGAAAAUGGAAGGUGGGUAGACACAUACCUUAACGCAGGGAUGUCUAAUCAAGUUACCGGAAGGCCAUUAUCCUACAAAGUUCAGCUCCAAAUCUAAACAAACACACCUGAAGCAGCCAUCAAGCUCCUCAGAAUUACUAAAAGCUUCUAGAUAUGUGCCUGCAGGAGACCGGCCCUCGAGGACAGUUUAAAUUAUGAAUCAUUGAAAACAGUCCAUUGAAUUAUUAGAAAAUAAUGCAUACCCAAAAAUUGAUGAAGUGAAGUUGUGUCCGUAACAUCUCGGGUGUGAAGCAUGUUGAAUUAGCUGAGCCUGUGCGUCUCUACUAAUAGCGAUACUCUAAGUUUGUCUGCUUCAAGAACAGCUCUGUUAUUACCUUGAUAGUGAAAAAAUGUUAUGUAGCAGAUAAACUAUUUUACUGAUAAAAUCGUAUGUA